UGCCACAAAUAUGCUGCUAAAAUCAUGACUGAAGGUAUUCUCCUCAAUGGUGGAAUUUACGUUAAAUUAGGUCAAGGUUUGGCAACCAUGAAUCAUAUCCUUCCAAAGGAAUAUUUACAAUCUCUUGAAGUGCUACGUGAUAGAGCAUUAACGAGAGGCUAUAAAGAGGUGGAAGAUAUGUUUCUUGAAGAUUUUAAUUUGAAACCGUCUGAAAUGUUUGCAAGUUUUGAUGACAAGCCAAUUGCAGCUGCGAGCUUAGCACAAGUUCAUAAAGCUAUUACACAUCAAGGAGAAGGAGUUGCCGUCAAGAUUCAAUAUAUUGAUUUAAGGGAUAGAUUUCGCGGCGAUAUAACCACGAUUCGAAUCUUAUUAAAUGCAAUACAAUUCAUGCAUCCCAGCUUUGGAUUUUCAUGGGUCCUUAGAGACCUAGAAAAAACACUAGAAAAUGAAUUAGAUUUCGAGCUUGAAGGUGCUAAUGGCGAACGUUCAGCUAGAGAAUUAAAACACCUUCCAUUUGUUCACAUACCUCAAGUUUAUUGGCAGUAUAGCAGUAAAAGGAUAUUAACAACUGAAUUUAUCAAUGGUGUCAAAUUGAAUGAUCUUGAUAGAAUACGCCAAAUGGGCCUUGAUUUCGCAGACAUUUCUAGAAAAUUAAUUAAAGCAUUUGGUACGCAAAUUUUCUCCAGUGGAUUUGUUCAUGCUGAUCCUCAUCCAGCAAAUGUAUUUAUUAGGAAAGGAAUUGAUCGUAAAGCUGAAAUUGUUCUCCUUGAUCAUGGACUGUAUCAAGAAUUAGAGCCAACCGUCAGAACGAACCUUUGUCAGCUUUGGAAAUCAGCUAUUCUAGGCCACGAAGAAGACAUUAAGAAAUACUCUUUAGCACUAGGUGUUGAAGACCAUCUCAAUUUUAUUACAAUACUUAUGAUGAGGCCGUAUGAUCGACCACAAGGAAGCAACCGUAUCUCUUUCAUUUCAAAGAUAACCAAGCAAAACAUGAAAAAGAUGCGAGAUAUGUCUAAGAAUAACUUUGACAAAAUUAUGACAAUAUUGAAAGCCAUGCCGACUUCAAUGCUAUUAGUUUUUAGAAAUCUAAACACUAUACGAUCCGUUUUGCAAGAAUAUGGCAAUCCUGUUAACAGACAUGUUGAGCUAGCUCGAUGGUAG